UUUAUGCAUGCAUAUGAUGCAUGCGAGAUCAGCAGGAACCACGCUGACGGUGAAGAAACCUCAAACUUCGAAGGAAUGGAUCAUAAAGAAAAGUAUAAAGCCGGAAAAACCGAUUUUUCUAAAAUCAAAGAGAAGAGGAGAGACGAAGAAGUUGAACUACGCAAGCACCGGAGAAAUCGGUACAUCGAUGCCAAGAGAUUGAGGUUGGAUGAGACAGAUGGGGAGGAGGUGGAGGAAUACACACAGGCCCAGGUUUACCUGGUAGCCAAGGCUAUUCAGAAGCAUGGGAGUGACCGGCUUGACCAGCUCAAACGGCUCAAGAGAAUGUUUGCGCAGGGCAGUGCGCUCAUUGAUGCUUUUCUGAGUGUGGACAACACAAUGCGAGCUCUUGUCGGUCUUUUGAGCGGCCACGAUCCAGCAUUACAGCUGCAAGCGGCCUGGUGCAUCACCAACAUGUCGGCCAGUAUUCACGAUCACUGCAUACUGGUGCUGCAGUCUGCUGCCCCCUAUCUCGUCACAUACCUCAGCGGUCAGAACGCAGCACUACAGGACCAGUGUUGCUGGGCCCUGGGCAAUUUGGCUGGUGACGGGCCAGAGUGUCGUGAUAGGCUGGUAGCUCAGGGAGCCAUCAAACCCCUGAUCAACUUACUCAAGGUGGACACACUGCUCAGCCUCCUAAAAUACCAGAACCACAACCACACACGAGCCGUCCACAAGGCAGGCAGAACUUCCACACCUACAGAAAUAGUAUGGGGCCAGAACCCUAAUUCAGGACUCGCUCGCACAUUGCACACAGACAAUGCCGCCUGUCCAAGCCGCACUAGAACGCCACUGUUGAGGAAGUUGCCCUUGUAGGGGAGGCCCUUGUUCCUGGGUGUUGGGGUGUGGAAUUGAUCAGUCAUUUGACUGGAAGAAUUGAUUGAUUGAAUCUGAAAUCACGAUAUGAGGUGUUUGUGCUGCUGGGUAGGUUAUGGAUUUCAGCAGCUGUGGAUUGGUUUGAGCUAUCAGUGGAAAAGAAAAACAGUGUAACCAACUUACUUAUAUACAUCACGUGGGGCAUGUGUUCAAGACUUGAUAAGAGUUCUUCAAGAUCCUAACCUUUCACUGUAGCCUGGAAUGUUUGCUAGGUCAUGGGUGUAUACACAUGUAAAAGGGAUGUUGUUCAUUUCUUGUGAACUUUAGAAACAAGAAAAUAAGGGCCUCUGUUUCUUAUCUAGAAUUUAUUUUUUCCCCAUCUCGUCUUCCUAUUGUUUGCCAAGUAAUGCGAACCAUUCCUGCAGGUUGGGAGAGAUAAUCCAGCAAAUAUUAUCGUGAACUUUGAAAUUCUGGCAUAGGUGUAUUUUUCUUGACCAGGCAUGGGCAGGCCGAGGGCUUGAAGGACACAGGCAUUGGGGUGUUUGAUGUUCAUAUCAAAGGCCUAUAAAUGAUUGAAUAGCCCUCGAGCAAAAGCCUU